UGGAAAAUAUAAUUUUUGUGGUUGUGGUUUUCACUUUUCAGGGUGUUGGAAUUUUGUUAUUUGUACAAUAAUUUCUGUUUUUUAUGAAUGACCACUAAUCAAAGCUUUUCUCGACUAUAAAUAAAUUGUAUUAUAAAAUGACAAGCUUUGAUUCCAAGUACGAUAUGUUCCCAGCAGGGGACGUAGGUGUGGUAGAGGGGGAAAUGAAUAUUCCAUCCAGAGGGAUGCCCUCAGGUGACAGCAUGGAAUUCAACACACUUGAUGAACCUAUUAAGGAGACUUUUAUGAGAGAUUUAAGGGCUGUUGGUAACAAAUUUUACCAUGUACUUGUUCCAAGGGAAAAAUCCAGCCUAUUAAAAGAAUGGGAUCUAUGGGGUCCACUGUUGCUGUGCACCUUCAUGGCCACCAUCCUGCAAGGGGCAGAGGAAGCAGACAACACAAAUGAUGGUGGUCCAGAGUUUGCUGAGGUGUUUGUUCUGGUCUGGAUCGGAGCCGCUGUUGUCACGUUGAACUCAAAACUACUAGGUGGCAACAUCUCAUUCUUCCAGUCAGUGUGCGUGCUGGGCUACUGCCUGUUCCCGAUCGCGCUGUCGCUGGUGGUGUGUCGGCUCAUACUGUUUGCGACACAGAACGCGUUCCUCUUCUUCCUGCGGCUCGCUAUCUCUAUGGUGGGCUUCGCUUGGGCCACGUUUGCGGCUACAAAAUUCCUUGGCGACAGUCAACCGGAGGGCAAAAAAGCACUCGCAGUAUUCCCUAUAUGCUUGUUCUACUUCAUACUAUCGUGGCUGGUCGUCUCACACAGUAACGUUUAGGAAAUGUAUCAACUUUCUAUGAUAGUAUGUAUAUUUCAAAUAGCUUGUCUCUUUUGAUAAAGGAUAAUCCCGAAAAACAGGCUCGUCACUAUUGCGUCACUCACGCCGUUAACGAACGUUGCGUAGAUAAGUGCCGCGGGGUCAAUGCCGCGUCGUAGGCAGGGCACUGACCCCGACUUUGCACCCUAUACAUUGCGAGUUUGAAAAAUACCAAAUCACUAAAACUACAAAUAUAAGGUAAAUGGUUAAUCGUAAUGGAUUGUGUUUAGGUAAUAUAAUAAAAGCACUAAGUUUUUGUUAGCGUCUAAUUACAGCCUGCAUAUUUAUUUUAGUCAGAAGCAAUUAGGGGUUUAAAAUUUGUUAAAAACCACCACGUUUGGUAUUAAGGAAGCCUGAUAUAUCAGUGAAGGUCCACUUAUGGUUCUUUUAAGAGGCAUUGCAACGAAUUGUAAAUUCGUUUUUUGGGUUAUAAGCAAGCUAUUUGAAAUGAACUAAUUUUUAUUUGUGAUAUAUGGACUUUUAGGAUAAUGUUGUGAAUAAACGUUAGUUUUUAAGACUUUGUAACUAAGUUUUUCAAACGCUACAUUACUAUAGAUUUGUAAACUUAUUUAUUUAAGGUUUUUUUAUUUUUUUUCCUGUUAAAAAGACUCGGGAAAAAAAGGGUUUUCCUAACUACAGUCAGUAUCAAAUAAUACCUGAUAAUACCGAAAAAAUAAAAAUAUGACGGAGGUUAUAAGCCUUGUGGAUAAAACCUCAGCCUCUUCAGGGGGUUUUAGGUUUGAUUCCGGGCACACACCUCUAAUUUUUUGAGUGUCCUAAGCUAUUAAAUUUUACUCGCUUUAUUGAUAAAGAAAUACAUGGUGAGCAAAUCUGCAUGCGUGUAAGUUCUCUAUAAUGUUCACAAAGGUGUAUGAAUUGUAACAAUCCUCACUUGGCCAGCGUGGUACACUAUGGCCUAAAUCCUUCUCAUUAUGAGAGGAGAGCUGUGCUGAGCAGUAAGCCAACCAUGGAUUGAGGAGAUGGGGAAGAACUAGAUCGUUUAGUUCUGGAACACUUUCUGAAAUAUAUCCUGUAGAAUACAUACAGCAGGCAAGUUUGCACAGAGGCAAUGUUCCAAACUUUGAAGUUUGCUUAGUUGACACUUUUGUAGUGAUACCAAAUUGACCCUGACAUUACUGACGGUAAAACUUCGUCCCAUUUGAUUUAUAAUAAUUAAACGAUCAUUAUUUAUAAUAAUUAAUUAUAAUUUUCCUUUAUAUAUCCUUUGUAUGACUGUGAAUUGACAGUAUUAAAUGCCUAUAAGGAACAAAAUUCUUGUGAGUUAAGAUAAGAUACAGGGAAACUAUUAUUGACAUAAAAAAUUACAAUUUUUUUUUUUUAAAUAUUUUAAAUUUAAAAACACUUGUUUUAAACAUUGGUUUAAAAGAAUGCCAACCCUGCUUUUAUCUGAUCCUGACUGUACAUGUACAAUACCUACCUAACUUUUGUUUCUUUAACAUUCCAAUACAAAAAAAUGUAUAAUCCACUUUUAUUUGUACUAUUUAUAAAGUAUACUUAUGAAUUUUGUACAUAAUUACUAUACCAUUAUUUAUUUAUAAUGAUUAAUAAAUAAAAAACUAUUUUCCGUCUGUUGUAGAUUUUAUUGAAUACACAUUAGAAAAACAAAAUGUAUCUAAAAAUACGUAAAGUAUUAGAAAUUCGAGACAUUCAGUACGAUGUAUUACAUGAUAAUUUCUAGACUAGUCUUUAUGGACUUUUAGUGUUGCCAGUAUAAAUAAAUAAAAAU